GUCUAAGCAUGAAGUUCAAGCAGGCUGUUUGCAGGUUCAGUUUCGGGGUCUCGUCGGAGGCAGCGCGCGGGAUGGAGACCAUCCCCUUUCGCCGUGGCUGCCCUUAAUCCCGGGGACUCCGCAGAGCUUCCUCUCCCCCUCGCAGGCAACGAGCGAUGGGCUGCAAGGGGAGCAAAAUGGGCUGCUGUGAAACCAGAAGAAAGAAACAACUGAAAGUUCAGCAGGAAAGGGGCAAAGCUUCCUGCGAACUGACAAUCUUGAAGUUCUCUGAUGUCAAUGCAGCCCAUGUGCAUGAAGAAGCAGAGAAAGAGAAGGCAGAACUUCUGGAGAAGCAAAGAAAUGAGAUUUCAAGAAUCCAGCAAGAACACCAGAAGGAGAAAGAAUCACUGAAGAAUGCUCACCAAGCUGAGACUGAAAGACUUAGCCUAGAUAUUAAAACCCAGGUGGAAAAGGAGAAAGAUUUAGAAUGUAGACAGCAAAUCUCUGAGCAAUGUGAAUUGCUGAAAAGAGAGCAGGAAGAGAGACUACAAGAACUCCAGAAAGCACAUGACCAAGAGAAACUUCUCCUGAAGGAAUCCUUUGAAAGAUCCCAGUCAUCUUUACAGGAGGUGAUUGACAGAUUGAGUUCCCAGGUUGAAUCCUUCCAAGAGAAAAUGAAACGGGUAGAGGAGUCAAUCCUGAGCCGAGACUUUAAGAAGCAUAUUCAGAUUGAGAGAAACUUGUUGCUCGAAGAGAAAGUUAAAACUCUUCAGCAGGAGAAUGAAGAUCUCCAGGUACGGAUGCAGAACCACUUGGCAGUGGCAAGGCAGCUUUCUGAUGAGCUCAUCACUAUCCGUCAGGCCUUGGAGAAGGAGUCACAGCUGAGAGAACAAGCCCACCGAGAAAAGGAAGAGUUGCUGUACAGAAUGCUUAGUGGUGAUCCUUCCCACACCUUCCCCGUUUCCACUGAGGCACCACUUAUUGCUACAUAGCACUUUGAAAAGCAGAAAGGACUGCUGGGAGUUGGGGGUGGUGGAAGAGGAUGAAAACAAGACGCCUCCAUCCUUUUAUUCUAGUUCAAAACUAGACCUGGAGCUGUGAGACUCUGGCAGGAGAAAGGAUCCAGAGGUCCUGCAGGCUCUGUUCACUUCACUAUUUUGACACUUGAGGAGGGUAAAAAGAGUUGCUUAAAGAGGGGAGGUUUUUUCAGCCUUAAUUCUAGUCACGAGAUAAUGCUAGACCUGCAUAUAAGCAAUGUAUGCAAAUUAUUAGUGGCCUGAGAUUCCCCCCUUCCUCCCAGGGAGAAUUAACUACCUCAUGCCACAUGAGGUAGGCUGGUAUCACAAUUACUGUUGGUUUAAUAUUCUUAUAGGUGUGGUUAUAGAAGCCACAGGAAAAAAAAUGUGUCUGGGAAAGCAUGUGCAAUUAAACUUGAUGACUCUUA